AUGAAAGAAUUGGAAUCCUAUCACAAGAGUUUCUCUUCAGACGAAGCAAUUACCAUAACGGCUCCCCAAGGCUAUCACCUGGAUAAGCCUUCAGGACGAAGCUUUGGAAUAAGAGGUUCAGGAUCAGGUUUGGAACAGGGGGUUCAGGCUCAGGUUUUGGGAGCAGGAGCUUCAGGCUCAGGUUUUGGAGCAGGAGCUUCAGGCUCAGGUUUUGGAGCAGGAGCUUCAGGCUCAGGUUUUGGAGCUGGAGUUUUAAGCUUAGGAUCUGGAAGAGGAGGUUUAGCCUCAGCUUUUAGCUCAGGAGGAUGCGGGCCCGGAAGGGUGCUGCAUGUUGACGGCAGAUGCGUCACUCCACGCGUCAACCGCAAAGUUUACUUGUAUGACGCGCCACCAGCGCCCGUGUCCCAUGGUCCCCCACCCUACAUACCUGAGCCAACCGUUGAGACAAACAUCGUGUUCAUCCGAGCACCAGAACAAGGACAAGGACCAGAUCCUAUUGUCAUACCUCCUCCGAGACAAGAACAUGUUGUGUACGUCCUUAACAAAGAGUCGCCACAGCAACAGGAAGUGAUCGAACUCCCAGCUCCGCCAGCGAGCGAACCAGAAGUUUACUUCGUGAACUACGGUGACGGCGAGAACCCGGUUCUUCCCAGCGGCGUUGAUCUCCAGACUGCCCUGAACGCAGCUUCCAAGGUGGUGGUCAAGUGGUCGGAGGCGGUGCCGGAGGCGCUGGGGGAGGAUUCGGAGGUAGUGGAGGAAACGGUGGAUCGGAAGUGGAGGAAUCGGUAG